GGCUGUCUGGGUGCCCCUGGUCUGCUGGGGGCCCUCUGUCCUCAGCGCUGCCAUCCCCUGCCGCACCCCAGGCUACCACACAUACCGCAACUUCUUGAAGAUUGAAGUCAGCCAGUCGCAUCCGGCCAUGACAGCCUUCUGCACCCUGCUCCUGCGAGCACGGAGCCCCCGGCCCUGGACCCUGCCAGUCCCCCAGGACAGCCUCAGGCCAGGGGAGGAAGAAGGGUUACAGCUGCUACAGCCAAAGGACCCCAUAACCAAGGGAGCAGCACCCAGGGCCGGCUGCGGCAGGGCCCGCUGGGGCCUGGCCUACACGCUGCUGCGCAACCCAGCCCUGCAGGCCUUCCGGAAGACAGCCCAGCCAGGCGCCCGGGCCAACGGCACCCCGCCCUGAGGGCAGGGGACGCAGACCCACCUGCCCUUCUGUGCCGUGGCGCGUUCCUGCCCACCACCCCACUCCUGCCCUGGCUCUCCCAGCACCGCUGCAGCCCCAGCAGCCAGCCUGCCCUGCGCACAGCCCUGCCGCAGGUCCCCGGGGACCCCCGCGGUUGGGUGGACGUCUGUCUCCUCUGUGCACCUCAGGGGGCCUCUGCUCUGCCCCCGUGCCUGGAGCACCAGCCGGAGCCCUGGAGAAAGCGAAGGGUGCCUUGGACCCUUGGGGCAGGAGCCAGUGGAGCUGGGCAGCCACUUGCAGGCCCCUCCCCACCCUGGCUCUGCCGCCAGCCUUGCAGAGCCUCCCUGAAGCCUUCUCUGGAUCGGACAGGGUAGGUGAUGCAGGGCAUAGCUGCCUUGCAUUCCGGCUCAGCCCCACUCCAGCCUUGCCUUUGUGCCUCCAAGCCAGCCACGGCGCUUCCUCUCUCCCCAAGCUCCCUGUCUCCCUAGGGUGUGGCUGGAAGUCUCCGGGGCCUCUGGCCUGCAAGGCCGCCCAAGCCACGACUCAGGCCAGGCCCCAUACCGAGCUGCCCACACUUGAGAGCCAGGUAUUUUUGUAGUUUUUGUGCCUGUAGCUAUUAUGAAAAAGGUUAGUGUGCUCCUGUAAUAAACUUGUUCCUGAGAAA